GAUUGGGUGCGACCGUCACCCUGCAUAUCCGGUUUCGAUCCUACAGACAGCAGAGCACUGAUGUUAUAUUAGACCGCUCAUCCUCUGCGCUUCGUACCGUUUUGUUCCCCACUUCACAUCAGCAUGUCAGCAGCCGGUCUCCUCCUGGUGAUCCUCGCCGUGUCUGCGUGGCCCGGAGAGUCCAGGUUCAUCAUAGACCCUGUGUCACUAAUUAAACACAAAUCUCUGAGUUUGUGUUCAGAAUGCAGCCAGAUCAUCCAACUGUCCGCCAACAUGAUUUCAAGCAGAGACACUAAGGAGACUAUGUAUGAAACCUUGCAUGCUCUGUGCCAAGUCCUCCCCAAAGAACAGGCGUCAGAGUGUGAUUCACAGGUGAAGACGUAUUUGCCCAAAGUCCUGCAGCAAACACCCGGUCACCUGAAACCAGGAGAUACCUGUAUGGUUUUUGGACUCUGUCCUGCCCACGAGGAGAAGGAAUUACUGAGACUUCCCCACCUUAAAGACAUAUCUACUUCCGCACUCAGCACUGCCACCGACACCCGUAAGGUGUCAAAUCCAGUUUGCACGCUGUGUAUGUUCCUCAUGAAGAAAGUAGAGUCCCUGUUGCCCACAAACAUAACUGAGGAUGCGUUGAUGAAGAUCAUGGAAGAGGUCUGUGAUCUCGUACCACAUAGCUAUAAGGAUGAAUGCGAUGAUUUUGUUGCCAAAUAUGGCACGCAGAUAGUCGAAUUCCUCUUAUCGUCUGCUGCACCGUACACAAUAUGUACUCUUUUGCACCUCUGUUUGUUCAACGAGCAGCCUGUUCCAGAGGUGAUCUUCCCUUCGGACUGUGAGUCGUGCCGCACACUAGCUGUGCUGAGCCGACUUCACCUGGGUUCCAACUCUACCGAACCUGUGACUUCCUCCUUCCUCCAGAGUGUGUGUGCCCAUCACCCUAAUGCCAUCCCCAAGUGCGAGGCUUUCACCAGAAUCUACGGCUCCCGUCUGCAGAAGGUUCUGGGAAACCAAAUUGACGGUCCACAUGCUUGUGAAAGAGCUGAUCUGUGUGUUACCUCACACAAAUCAGAACCGCUUGGAAGGAAUCCUUGUACUUGGGGACCGAGUUACUGGUGCAAAAACAUCCAAACUGCUCAGAUGUGUGGUAACCAGGCCUUCUGUAAGAAAUACAUGUGGAAGAAGUGAAACUGCCUCAGCAGCUCUGGAAAUAGGUGCUCACCAAGAACUACUUUCCUUUUUCCAAAUCUAUUAUUACACUGAUCAACUCUUGAAGUUAUAAAUGUAAUGCACUGAACUCUUUUUGUUUUGUUUUUUUACUUUUUUGGAGAAAUGAUCCGCCUCAUAUGCUUUAUCAGUCAAUCAGCCAAAAAUAUUAGACAAGAAAUUCUCCGGUUUGCAUGAAGUGUCACAAGACUGAGGCUGGGAUUCAGUCUGGAACAUUAGUUUCUGCAGGGGUUAACAGUUUUGUGACAGUUUUUUGUUCACUACAUUGCUAUACGUGUGUUAUUAUGAAUGUAAUGUCUACAUAAGUUGAGCUAUUAAAGGCUAUUUGGACAACUGGUUACUCAA